UUUUUCUCAUUCGUCUUUCACAACCCUAAAGAAACAUAGUUGCAGCUCUGUCUCCCUCCUAUCGCCACCGCCAAGAUCCUUCCUCAGUUCCACAAAAUCUCACCAAUCAACAAUCAUACACUCGAUCUAAGAUCUUUGUUACCUAUCAAUCAAGAUUGUUGUUUUUCAGCCCAAUUCCAAGCACAGCCAGGUAUGUCGAGGUCUUUUGUUUAUCUCAGUUUGUUUUUUUGUUUUUUUUUGUUACCGAUCGAUUUCUAGGGUUUCUGGAAUAAAUCUAUUGAUCGAUUUCUAGGGUUUCUGUCAUAAAUCGAUUUCUAGGGUUUUUGACAUAAAAUGGUUUGGAUAAAAUAUUGUGGAAAAUGAUGAUGACAUAACUAAAUGCAAAAAGAGUAAUUCUACUGGUUCCGGAUCGAAAAAGUGGAUGUUCUGGUCUUUGCUGAGGCGGAGCAAUAGCGAAGGUAAGGAGUCGAUGGUGUUGAAGAAGGUGGAUAGUCCGAAGCAAAAGCGGAAUUUGGGUGAGUUACCAGAAUGCCUUAGCAUUAUUGGAUAUCUACGAAUAAUAGGAAUAUAUAGUGAGUAUGGAAUGCUCCUACAUGUAUCUUUAUUGUAUCUAACUAUUUACUCAACAAAUGGAAAGAAUAGCGGUGGAAUAUUGCAAGGCAGCUGGGUCGGUCUUCUCACGCGUGUCCAGGCGUUUCCUUUCCUUCAUGGUGUGGAGAGAUAUGCUUAUAGAGAGAGAGAGAUAGACAGGGAAGACGGCAUCACGAAUGGUGAGGUAAACCUACAAACACUAAUUGAUUUAAAAAAAAAGUUAAGUGGACUUUAUGAUUUUUGA